CAAAAGGAAAUUGAUUCACGUUCUGUUUAUGUUGGUAAUGUUGAUUAUAAAGCUACUCCUGAAGAAUUGGAUGAAUUCUUUAGAACAAUUGGUUCAAUUAAUAGAGUUACAAUCUUGUAUGAUCGUUUUACAGGUUAUCCAAAAGGUUAUGCUUAUGUUGAAUUUGAAUCAAAAGAUUCUGUUGAACCUGCAAUUGAAUUAUCUGGUACUGAAUUUAAAAACAGACAAAUCUCUGUUGUUGCUAAAAGAACAAAUUUACCAGGUUUCAGAAGAGGUAGAGGUGGUUUCAGAGGUGGCCGUGGGGGAAGAGGCAGAGGUCGUGGUAGAGGUGGCUUCAGAGGUAGAGGCGGUUUCAGAGGUGGCCGUGGUGGAUUCAGA